ACCUAUGUAGCCUUAAAUAUCAUUGCAUUCGUUAGUUUUGCUUCAGUACGAACUAGUUCAACCCGUCACCAUGAAGGCUGUAGCGUUGUGUUUUACCGUUGUAACCCUUCUAGGGUUUCACAUAUUCCCGGUUGAUGGGAUAAACCAAGACGGAAUUCCCAUGGAUCAGCGGAUACCAGCUAUCUUCAGAAGCAGUCGCCAAACCAUCGGCGGUACCAUGAACUACGACUUGAGCUUCGAGAAGAUGGUCAACUUGAUGAAGGGCUUCAUGAAGCCCAAGCCUGGACAGGGAGGAGGUGGGGCAGCAAAACAACCAGCAAGUGUAACAGAAGCACCUGCUAGGAAGACAAGUGAAACAGAAAAACCCGCUGCGAAAGCGACGAAAGAAUCGGUAGAGGAAUCGUCGUCGCGUGAAGAUGAUGCAGGAAAAGCAAGGGCAGCCAAGCCAGCGCCCGAGGCAGAACCAUCAAAGGGAGAAGCUGUGGCAAGCGAGGCAGUUGAAUCGGGAUCAGAAGAAAAACGUGGCAAUGGGUUGCCACCAAUGAAUGGUGGAAAAUCGUCAGAAAAGGACGAAGAGUGAUGAGGUUCUGGAAAAGUUAAGUAAGCAUAAUGUUAACGAAUGGUGUCAAAUAAAAAUCUCUUUCAGAAAUCUCAA